UUAGGUCUAUGCCUAUUAUGCAGUUUUAGAUUAACCUAUAUAAAAUCCAACCUAUAAUAAUCAAAAAUAAGAAAUGAAUAUUUAGUUAAUUUGGUAUUGAUAUAAUAAAAAGAAUAUUUCACGUGAAAAUGAUUGCCCGAAGAAUAUUUUGUCAGAUAGAGAAUAUAUAUUUACGGAAAUUCUUGAAACAUGGACAGGUCCACAUUAAACACUGUUCUUCAAAGUCUGUAUAUCUAAUGGAUGAAAUAAAUGAGAGUACAAAACCAAAAGUCAGUAAAGUCAAUAAAUAUACUUUCCGUUCAUUCACUUGUGGACAACUGACACUUCAAAAUGUUGGUUUUCCAGUAAUUCUGUGCGGAUGGUUGGAAUUUCAAAGAUUAAAUAAAUUCAUCAUUCUUAGGGAUGCUUAUGGACAAACUCAAUGUCUUCUAAAAGCAAAUGAUGAAGUAACAAGAAAAAAAAUUGAAAAAGUUUCACUUGAAACUAUCAUACAGAUUAAAGGAACAGUUCUUGCAAGACCAAAGGACAUGAUCAAUUCAAAAUUAUCAACCGGUGAAAUAGAAGUCCUAAUUGAUGAUAUUAAAGUGCUUAAUCAUGCUUCUGACUUACCUUUCAAUAUAAGGGGCUUUCAAAAGCCAAAAGAAGCAAUGAGAAUGCAGUAUAGGUAUCUUGAUUUGAGGUUUCCAGAGAUGCAAAAAAAUCUUCGAGAGAGGUCCAAUUUAUUGUUCAAAGUUAGACAGUUCCUAGUGAACUCUGAUUUUGUUGAUGUGGAAACUCCUACCCUCUUCAAAGCCACCCCUGGUGGAGCUCAAGAAUUCAUUGUUCCAACAAAAUUUCCUGGACAAUUCUACUCUCUUGUACAAAGUCCUCAACAAUUCAAACAAAUACUUAUGGCUGGAGCUAUAGAUAGGUAUUUUCAGAUUGCAAGAUGUUAUCGUGAUGAGACAUCAAGACCAGAUAGACAGCCUGAGUUCACUCAACUUGAUAUUGAGAUGUCAUUCACAACAAUGGAUGGUAUCAUAGAGCUGAUUGAAAAUUUGCUUAACUAUAUUUGGCCCGAUUUUGUGGAAACUAUACCUCCUAAAUUCAGAAGAAUCAAAUAUGCUGAUGCAUUGGAGUUUUAUGGUUCAGAUAAACCAGAUAUCAGUUUUGGUUUUAAGCUCGAGAAUUGUUCAAAUAUUCUAUCUCCAACAAUUAUAAGUACCAACUGUGAUGAUUUUGGAGCAUAUUGUUUACAAAUUCCUGAGGAACACUCAAACCUACCUAAAUCAAUGAAAAAACAGUUCGAUACCUUAUCUGAAAAAUUUCCUGCAGUUAAGUUUCUUCAAAACAAAGUCACAACAAAGGAAGAUUGGAUAUUUAGAACGAAAGGAUUAUUAACAGAAAAAGUAGCUGUAAACUUGGCCGAAGAAUUAAACUUACAAGAUAACAGUGUUUUAUUUUUAGGCUAUGGAAAUAAGAACCAAGUGUUAGGUCUAAUGGGAAGAAUCAGGCUUCUUUAUGCUGAUCAUUUAGAAAAUUGUGGAACCAAAAUCAGGAAAGAAGGUAUGCAUCUUGCAUGGAUCACCGAUUUUCCCCUUUUUGAAAAAGAUGCCUUAGGUUGCUUGAAUUCUGCCCAUCAUCCAUUUACAGCUCCAAAUCCUGAGGAUCUACAUCUAUUGCAAGACGCACCAUUGAAGGUUCGUGCAUUAGCAUAUGAUUUGGUGCUGAAUGGAAAUGAAAUAGCCGGAGGUUCAAUUAGAAUACAUAAUCCUGUUUUGCAAGAAGAAAUGUUUAAAUUACUUAAUAUCAACGUUGAAAGUAUGAAGCACAUUAUUGAAAUGCUCAGUUCAGGUUGUCCUCCACAUGGUGGAAUUGCCAUAGGCCUAGAUAGGCUUCUUUCAAUUCUUUUAAAAACAAACAGUAUUAGAGAUGUAAUUGCAUUCCCAAAAGGUGCUGAAGGCAGAGAUUUUCUUAGUGGUGCACCAUCUUCUGUUUCGGCAAAAGACUUGGAAAUAUAUCAUAUCAAAUGUGCCUAGGAAAAGAAAAAAAGGAACCAAUAAUUUAAUUUUUUUUUGUAUUAUUAGUGUAUGUUCAAAUUUUAAUAGUCUGUAAACUGUUAUAUUCA